CAAGAAACAACAUUGAGAGCUGGACUCAACAACCAACCCCUUGAAGCUCAUUUUCUCUCUCGAAAAAUAGAUUUCUUCUUCACGGAGACGGAUCCCAAGUGGAUUUCUCAUUUUCUUUGAUACAGCGACAUAAUGCACGAAAUCAUCACGCUCCAGCUCGGGCAGCAGAGCAAUUAUCUAGCAACCCAUUUCUGGAAUGCCCAGGAGUCAUACUUCACAUAUUCCGAGGAUCAAGAAUCAGCUGUCAACCAUGACAUCCACUGGCGUCCCGGCAUCGGUGCGGAUGGUACCGAAACCUACAUGCCGCGGACCGUUAUCUACGACCUGAAGGGUGGCUUUGGGUCCAUGGCGAAGACGAAUGCGCUGUACAAUGACCUCGAGGAGGGACAGACGCCUCAAGCUUUGUGGAACGGACCAACCGUACUCCAAAAACAGCCCACCAUCCCUCAAUCCGCCUACCAACAAUCCCUCGACGCCGGGCUUGAGCCCCCUCCCCUUUCGACGGAUUCGGUCCGCUACUGGUCCGACUUCAACCGCGUCUUCUACCACCCGCGAUCCGUCGUCCAGCUGAACGAGUACGAGCUCAACUCGUCCAUCAUGCCGUUCGAGCGCUACGCCACCGGCGAAGACCUGUUCGCGUCGCUGGACAAGGAGCACGAUCUUCUCGAUCGGGACCUGCGGCCUUUUAUCGAGGAGGCCGACCAGAUGCAAGGGAUCCAAGUCAUGACGGGCCUGGACGACGCCUGGGGCGGGUUCGCGGCAAAAUACCUGGAGAGAGUAAGGGACGAGUACGGCAAGACGGCCGUGUUUGUGUGGGGCAACGAGCAGGAGUCGGUGAGGGCGGGGGGAUUGAGCAGGGACAAGAGACUGCUGAGAUUGGCGAAUAAGGCGAGGACGCUGACGGAGGUGUAUAAGCAUGCGAGCGUUGUUGUGCCGUUUACGGUGCCUGCGACGCUGCCGGGGAGUGUGGCGCUGGAUGGGGGCUCGCAGUGGCAUAGUACUGCGCUGUUGGUGGCGGCGAUGGAGAGCGUCACGCUUCCGUCGAGGCUGAGGGAUGCGGCGAAUAGAGAUACGAUGGGGACGCUGGCUGAUACGCUUAAUGCGAUGGGGAAGCAGAAUGUGGCUAGUUUGGGGAUGAGCUUUGCUCCGCCGCCGACGGAGGAGGAGGAGGAAGGAAUGGAUUGGACGAAUGAUCUUAGGCAGAGGCAGUUGGUCAACCAGAAGUCGAGUGGACAUGCGGCGGUGCUGGCGAAGGAGAACCCGGAAGGAGUGUUCCUCGACAUUAACUUUACUCCGUCCGAUCAGUUGGAUUAUGUCCGUCGUCGUGGCGGUGGCGAUGACAACAGACCGAGGGUGUUUAGCCAGGUGCUCACCUCGAGAGGCUAUGAGGUUAACGAGCAGGCGCAGGAAGCCAAGGAAGCUGAGGAGGAUGAGAGAUUCCGCAGGAAGAGCUCGUAUGAGCCUGUUACGAGAAGCUAUCACACUUCCCUUCGCUUCCCUCUUCUGGACAGCUUCCCUCAGAUCUUCAGAGAUGACAAUGGUGAGCCGCUGAAGAGAGGAGGAGGCCUCAACGUCACUAGUAGUCUGUCUACGGAUGCUUCUGUGUGUAAGAGGCUGAAGCUGUUGGGGACUACGGUCGUUCGGUCGAUUGGAAUGGAGGACAGGGAGCAGCUUGGAAAUGAGUUGGCGGAGAUGGCUGAUGAGUAUCAUGAGGGGUGGUCGAGCGGAAGCGAUGAUGGCGAUGAUGAUUGAUAGGUUGAUGUAGCAACGAAAAAAAUGUUCAAUGAACGUCUCGAAGCGGACAUGGCAAUUACUGUUCAAUUUCGUUCGGACGCUCACGCCAGACGUUCC